AUGUUCACCUUCGGGAGUCGCGGACUUGUCAACCAAUGUGAUUUUGCUAAUAAUGAGUUGAAGGUUGAGAUCGAUAUGGGGACAAAGGCUGUUUACUUCCAAAAGGGUCAACGGGGAUAUGGCGGGUUUCCACUCUGGAACUGGGACGGAACCGCGAUCGGUACUAACCGUUGGGUCCAUUUUUAUUCGAAUCCAUGCGCAAGUACGACUGUCUCGCUCUGGCAGCGCUCCGCUACCGAAUACGGCUUUGCAAUAAGCGAUCGAACUGGGCAUCGGACGUCCCUGAUCCUUCGACAGCCUCCAGGCUGGUCGUGGCAGAAUUAUUUCGAGAUGGCAUCGAAUGGAGACUGUACCAAAUACUCGGGGAUCCAUACAAUGACAUUCGAUCCAAAUUGCGUUCCCAAAUGCACGGUGAUAGUCAACGGGACGGUAAAAGCUAGAGCCACGGAAUUCCGAGUGGUGUUGAGCGACCAGGACAGUUGUGAUGAGACCACCUACAAACACAUGCCACUCGCCAUCGUCCACAAGCUGCGCCCAAACAAUGAAGUGUUAAUUCGCGAGAAAGUUGAUGCCAAGACCACGGAUACGAAAUUCGGUCCUGCGAUCACCACACCAUGCGAAAGUUUUCAAUAUCGUAUCACAUUCGGAAGUUUGGGCUACGAAUUGGACCUGGACACGUCUGGAAAACUGAAUAUUCAGUACAACGCUGAUUACAAAACGGCUACCUACGUAAAGGUCUGUGGUGACAUCGCGGCAAGUGAAAAUGAGUUGAUGGUGGAGAUCAAUAUGGCGAGCGGGGCUCUUCAUUUUCGAAAAGGGAUCCAAGGGUAUGGCGAAUUGCCAAUUCGCAAUUGGGAUGGAAGUCCCCUCGACAUGGUCAGCGAUGGCUGGGUAAGAUAUUAUUCCGAACCAGGCCAACUUACGUCGGUGGCAAUCUGGCAGCACUCCGCCGGGAUUUACGGUUUUGUAAUAGAUACGUAUGGGAAAAAGACUCAACUUAGCAUCGCGCCACCAGAAGGGUGGUCGCAGAAUAAUUAUUUCGAUAUGGCAGCGCUCUGCGUGCGCGGCGGAUUUCCGUUUACUCAUCUGAAGGGCCCGUAUUACCACGACUGCGGGAUGAUAUAUGAUGGAGACUGCACCAAAUACGCGGGGAUACAUACAAUGACAUUCGACCCAAAAUGCGUUGCCAAAUGCUCGGUGAUAGUCAAUGGGACGGUAAACGCUAGGGCUUCGGAGUUCCGCAUUGUUUUGGGUGACCAGGACAGUUGUGAUGAAACCACCUACAAGCACAUGCCGAUGGCCAUCGUCCAUAAGUUGCGUCCAGCCAACGAGAUAUUGAUACGCGAGAAAGUUGAUGCCAAGAUCACGGAUAAGAAAGUUGGUCCUGCGAUCACCACACCGUGCGAAAGUUUUCAAUAUCGGAUCACAUUCGGGAGUUCGAGCUACGAAUUGGACCUGGACACCUCUGGAAAACAGACUAUCGAGUAUAAAGCAGAUUACAAAACGGCUACCUACGUGAAGGUUUGUGGUGACAUCGCGGCAAGUGAAGUGCGCUUCGACUGUAAAAAG